AUGGACUCGAUAAACUUCGACAUCAACAAUGCGCUCAAGCAUUACAUGGACGAUCCCGCCAGCAUUCCAACACCAGAAGCUGACAGCGCUCUUAUCGACUGCGAGAACGAGCCCGAAUCCCUCGGCGACAACGGCCUCAUCAACAGCAUCCUCAACCCCAUCGUCGACGCCGUCGCAGAGAACCCAGACGCCAUUACACGCGCCCACAUCUUUGACUCUUUGCAGUUUCUACUAAAAUACACCUCCUUCCUCUCAGCACACGCGCUCAGUAAAAUCUUCGAUCUGAUUACCUCGGGACUGGCUGCCGAAGCCGACGUUGUUCAUCACGACCUAGAAGCCGAAGAACAAGAGCUCCUCGCCCACCACAAGCAGCUUCUCGACAUAUACGCCUUCCUUCUACAAUGGACCAUCGCCGGUGUCGAGGCCAAGGCCGCCGAAAAGGCUUCGAAUACCGUCACGACGAGAGGCCGCGGAAAGUCAAAAAAGCCCACAGGGAGAGACGGCACCUGGGACUCGUCAGCGCAACUCGAAACGGCUCUUAAUACCAUGGUCAAGGCUCUUAGGCUGAAGCUCGCCAGGAUAUUCAUGACCACUUCGGAACGCGACACCUUUAUUGGUCUGUUGACUCGACCCGUGUAUAUGAUACUCGAGAGCGAACAACGAACCAAGAACACCAGUAUUCGUAUGCACUGCUGGAAGGUGCUGUGUGUGGCCAUCAAGCAUCACGGUCACGGCUAUGCCGCGCAAAUCUCGAUUGUCCAGAACUUGACCUACUUUGAGCACUUGGCUGAGCCCAUGGCCGAGUUCCUCCAUAUCUUGGCCGAGCAAUACGACUACCCACAGCUAGCUGAGGAAAUCCUACGAGAGCUCAGUAACAAGGAGUUCAACAGCAAUGACAACAAGGGCCCCAAGUCCGUCUCGACCUUCAUGAUCAAGCUUUCCGAGCUGGCACCCAGAAUCAUCAUCAAGCAGGUGACGCUGCUGGCCAAGCAGUUGGAUAGCGAAUCAUACACCCUACGUUGCGCUUUGAUCGAGGUCUUUGGCAACAUGUUGAUCCACCUUAGCAAGUCAGCAGAAAGAGGCGAAAACCACAAGACCCAGAUGAACGCCUUCUUCGAUGUCUUGGAAGAGAGAUUCCUCGACAUCAACCCAUAUUGUCGUGUCAGGGCCAUCCAGGUUUACGUCAAGCUUUGCGAGUUGGAGCAAAAGUUUCCCAAGCGACGACAGAAAGCCGCGGAGCUCGCAUGCCGCAGUCUCGAAGACAAGAGCAGUCACGUCAGGAGGAAUGCCAUCAAGUUGCUUGGCACGUUGAUCAGAACUCAUCCCUUCACGGCUCUACAUGGUGCCCAGUUGGCCAGGAAGGAUUGGCAAGAGCGCUUGAACAAGGUGGAAGAAGAGCUCAACGCUUUGAAGCCACCAGUAGAUGCUCCAGGACUGGAUGGCGAGGCCGGCAACACCACGGUAGACCCAGCUCUUCUUGACGAUGCAACUCAGAUGAUGGAAUCCCCCAGGAAACAGCCGUCGGAGAUGACAGAAGAGGAAAAGAUCGCAGCCAUUCGCAAGGCCCAGGAAGAAGCAGCCACCUCUGAAGCCAUCGAGAAGCUCACACUAACCAAGCGCUACUACAGCGAAGCGCUAAAGUUCAUCGACGUCCUCCACGAUGCCACCGAGACCGUCUGCCAACUACUGGGAUCCAAAAACAAGAGCGAGGUCAUUGAAGCCAUGGACUACUUCGAGAUCGGCGACGCCUACAACAUCGAGCAGAACAAGAUCGGCAUCCGUCGCAUGCUCAGGCUGAUCUGGACCAAGGGCAACAGCGAUGAAGGCAAGGGUGUGCAAACCCAUCUUAUCGAGUGCUACAAGAGAUUGUUCUUUGAGGCGCCUGGUAACUUUAAUGCCAAUGAUGCGGCGACGUACAUUGCGAGGAACAUGAUCAGUUUGACGUUUGGCGCUACCCCUGCCGAGUUGACUUCGUUGGAGCAGCUGCUUAGCACCAUGAUGAAGUCGGGCAUGAUCUCGGACUUGGUCAUUGCCAAGCUGUGGCAGGUAUAUGGUGUGCAGAAGCGGGAGAUCUCGAGGACACAGCGUCGGGGCGCCAUCAUUGUGCUGGGUAUGCUGGCCACUGCCAACCCCGAGAUUGUUGUGGGCGAGAUGGAGACCAUGCUUCGUACUGGUCUCGGAGCUCACGGUCGGGCAGACCUUCAGCUGGCCAAGUAUACCUGCGUCGCUCUUCGCCGCAUCAACCCCACAGGUCGUCAGUCCAAGGAUUCCGGUAUCAAGUUCUCCCGGCUGCCGAACGAUCAUGCCCUCCUCACCAAGCUCGCUGCCAUCACCGAGGUGCCCACUGACAGCAAGGAAUGGUAUGGUGUUGCCGAACAAGCCAUUAAUGCCAUUUACGCCAUCGCCAAGCACCCCGACGUUCUGUGCUCUGAGGUUAUCCGCCGCAAGACCAGGGCUGUGUUUGCUCGCCCGCCCAAGUCGCGUUCGGCCUCCCAUGAGGAGAAGCCAUCACCAACAGAGAAGGCAGAGCCCACGCCAGCUGAAGAGCCCAACCCGGACGCCAUGGACGAGGACGAGCCCACAUCCGCCCAAGCACCGGUCGCGACCCAACCAGAAGAUCCCGAAGCCAAGAAACAACACCGAGAACACGCCAUUGCCCUUUCCCAGCUCCUCUUUAUUGUCGGCCACGUAGCCAUCAAGCAGAUUGUUCAUUUGGAACUGUGCGAAUUGGACUUUAAGCGCCGUAAACAAGAGAAGGAGAAGGCAGCUGGAACCACCAACAAGCGCACAUCCCUUUCGGCCUCGGCGUCCGCCAACCGCCGCAAAUCAGCCGGCCCCAAAGCCACCAAGGACGAAGAGGACCAAGACGAACUGGACCUCAUCGGCGGCACCACCGAAGACGACUUCACCGAAGCUAUCUUCCACAUCCGCGAGCGCGAACUGCUCUACGGGCCACAAUCCCUUCUCGCCAUGUUCGGCCCCAUGGUCUCCGAAAUCUGCGCAAACAACACUACCUACCGCAACCGCGAGCUCCAACAGGCCGCCACCUUGUGUCUCGCCAAGCUCAUGUGCGUGUCGUCCGAAUACUGCGAAGCCAACCUCCCGCUUCUCAUCACCAUCAUGGAGCGCUCCGUCGAUCCCACCGUGCGUUCCAACGCCGUCAUUGCUCUCGGCGACAUGGCCGUGUGCUUCAACCACCUCAUCGACGAAAACACUGAUUUUCUCUACCGUCGCCUGUCGGACCCCGAUCCCUCCGUCAAGCGCACAUGCUUGAUGACCCUCACCUUCCUCAUCUUGGCCGGACAGGUCAAAGUCAAGGGCCAACUGGCGUCAAUGGCACUCUGUCUCGAAGACGGCGACAAGCGCAUCGCUGAUUUGUCAAGAAUGUUCUUCACCGAACUUUCCACAAAGGAUAAUGCGGUGUAUAACCACUUCGUCGACAUGUUCUCUUUGUUAUCCUCUGACCCAUCUUUGGAAGAGGAAGGGUUCAGGAGGGUGGUCAAGUUCCUGCUUGGCUUCGUGGAGAAGGAUAAACAUGCUAAGCAGCUGGCUGAAAAGCUGGCGGCGAGGCUGCAAAGGUGUGAUACGGAGAGGCAGUGGAAUGAUGUUGCUUUUGCGCUGGGACUGUUGCAGCAUAAGAAUGAGGAAAUUUCCAAGGUUGUCUCGGAGGGGUUCAAGGUCGUUCCGACUGGGCCUGGGCAACAGGGGAUGGGAGCGACGCAGGCUACGCAGGCAACGCAGGCGAGAGCUUAA